CGUUUCGGAAUUUGUUAUAAACAUAACUUUCGCUCAGUGAAAACAUGUGUUGAAAAACACGUUUUAUUGACUUUUUUAAAUUAGUUUAAUACAAAAGUUAUAACAAAUUUAAUUUGUUGAUAUAUGUUUUUGACAUAUAUCUUCUCUUGUUAAUGAAUUAUGUCCGGGAACUCUGCUCUCGCAGUAAACAAGUCAGCAGCAGAACAAAAGGAUGAAAAUUUUUUUGAUUUCUAGAAAGGUCAAUUUCUUUUGGCUGUAGAUGUGAACCAAUCUGCAUACUUCGCUAACAGUUUAAAGUGCCUAUCUGACCGAGAUAAUAAAAUGAUAAGAAAAAUAAUUGAGGAAAACUGGGAUGAUGAGGUCCAAAUGGUUUCAAAUUUACUACAAUAUCCUAAUCUCAUACCAGAAGAUAUCAGAGUAAGCUCUAUUAUUAAAGGUCUUGAAGAUGAAGAAAUGCCAUACUAUAUAUUAUCUGCUGCUGUUGGUGCUCAAAAACUCAAAUUAAAUGAAGAUUGCAUGAAGCUCAUUUUUGAUCCAUUACGGAAAGCAGUUUUUAAUGAUCAGGGCGUCAUAAGUAUGAGAGCUUUUACAACUAUGCUGCCAUAUUUAAGUUUUCCUAAUGAUAUUGACCUUAUUUUAAAUAUAAUAAAAAAGAAAAAAUCAGCACUGCAAGACUGUGCUGUUUCAUGGCUAGUUUUGAAAGUACAAAAUAAAACUGAGUUAUUAAGCAUUUUAGAAUCUGUUGACAGCAACACUUUGACAAUUGCCCAAACUAAAAUGGACAAGCACUUACAAAGUUUAGUGGAUGGAACUGAAUCUUCGAUAUCUGUUGAAGUUAUGGAUUUUUAUCCAAAUUUAAACGAUUUUGAAGCCAUGUUGGAUAAGGAAGAUGUCUUGUCUGAAAUAUUUGAUGAACUAACAAAUAACAAAGACAAUACUAUUUCUUCUGUAGAAAUAAAGUCUUUUCUUGAUGAUAUUGGAACAAAUUUGUCAAUAGAGGAGCUUGUAAGUGAGAUGGAAAACAUCGGCACUGAUAAAAGCGGACAAAUUGAUAAAGAUGGAUUCAUAGAGCUGAUGUUCCCAAAGUUUAAAUGUUAGCUCAGCACCAAAGCGUGACACUUUAAAAAUUGACAAGUUAAAAAUUUAACUGUUGCUAACUAAUAGUAUUUAAUAAAUAUAUCUUUAUAUGCUA